UGAUCUAUACUAGUUAUACUGGUCUAUACUAGUUAUAACUUGAGGAAUAAAACCAGUUUUUUGUAAAUUGUGUUACACCACACACAACGUUAUACCUCCUAUUGCUCAUUCAUUUACCGGAUUUUACUGAGAAUAUUAUCGUACUAUUACAAUGUCUUUUGUAGGAAAGGUAGUUUUAAUAACAGGAGCUAGUUCAGGUAUAGGAGCCGCGACUGCUAUUCACCUGGCAAAACUUGGUGCAUCAUUGUCGAUAACUGGUCGUAAUAAAGAUAACCUGAACAAAGUUGCUGCGCAAUGCGGGCAGUCCAAGACGUUUAUUGUAACGGGAGAACUUACUAAUGAAAACGAUGUGAAAAAUAUCAUUGAACAAACCAUCAAACAUUAUGGUAAACUAGAUGUUUUAGUCAAUAACGCUGGAUGUUUAGAGGCUGGCAGUAUAGAGUCUACGAGCUUGGAACAAUAUGAUAGAGUCUUCAACUUAAAUGUUCGCUCUGUGUAUCACUUAACAAUGCUUGCAACACCUUAUCUAAUUGCAUCCAAGGGCAACAUCGUCAAUGUCUCUAGUGUAACUGGAUUAAGGUCCUUUCCAGGUGUUCUGGCAUACUGCACAAGCAAAUCAGCUGUGGAUCAAUUAACACGCUGUGUUGCUUUGGAACUGGCAGAAAAACAAGUGCGCGUAAACGCUGUAAAUCCUGGUGUCAUUGUGACAAAUCUCCAUCGUACCAGUGGAAUGAAUGAGGAGCAGUUAAAAAACUUUUUUGAGCAUAGUAAAGGGACACACGCUUUGGGAAGAACAGGUGACCCUACAGAAGUCGCGAAGACAAUCGCAUUUUUAGCGAGCGACAACGCUAGUUAUAUUACAGGUGCAACAUUGCCUGUGGAUGGAGGUAGACACGUCAUGUGUCCUCGUUAAAAGAACUUUACACUUUUUGUAAACUGUAUACUUUAUUUUUGAUGAAUACACAAUGUGUUACCCCACUUAUAUUUUUUACAGGGAACACCUACGUAUUUGUACUCUAUUUUGUCAAAUAGUUCUAUAUUAAAACACGCCUAAAACGUAAUAUAUUUCUAUAAACUUACAUAGAUAUAUUGUAACUAUUUUUUAUAUUAUUUUUAGAGAUCUACAGAAGUGUUUUCCUAUUCAUAUCUAUAUAACAAAAUAAAUGUAACGAUCAAAAUAUA